GGCCGGCCGGGCGGGCGUAUGGCCCCGGUUCCCGCGCCCCCGCUGCCGCCGCAGCCGCAGCAGCAACCAUGUACCCCGCGGGACUCCCGGCCGGCUCGGCCCCGCGCCGCGGCCGCCGCCCGCCGCCCGGGCGCCCCGCGCAGUCGCCGCGGCCCCCUGCGCCCGCCCCGGUCCCCGCCGCGCGGCCGCCGCCCCCCGCGCCCGGGCCGCGGCCCCGCGUGGCUGUGAAGAUGGCCUUCCGCAAGGCCUACUCCAUCAAGGACAAACUGCAGGCCAUCGAGCGCGUCAAGGGCGGCGAGCGGCAGGCCAGCGUGUGCCGCGACUUCGGCGUGCCCGGCGGCACGCUGCGCGGCUGGCUCAAGGACGAGCCCAAGCUGCGCUGGUUCCUGGAGCAGCUGGGCGGCGAGGUGGGUACGCAGCGCAAGAAGAUGCGGCUAGCCAACGAGGAGGAGAUCGACCGCGCCGUCUACUCGUGGUUCCUGGCGUUGCGCCAGCACGGCGUGCCGCUGUCGGGGCCGCUCAUCCAAGCGCAGGCCGAGGCCUUCGCGCGCCAGAUCUACGGGCCCGAGUGCACCUUCAAGGCCAGCCACGGCUGGUUCUGGCGCUGGCAGAAGCGCCACGGCAUCUCCAGCCAGCGCAUCUACGGCGAGGCCGAGCCCCCGGCCGCCGGCCCAGCGCCUGGCCUGCCGGUCAAGCAGGAGCCCGCGCAGCUCACCCGCACCGGCCCCCUGCCCGACCGCGCCCUGAAUUCCCCUGUCCCCGCCGAGGGCGGCUACGGCGACGAGCAGAUCUACAACGCCAACGUCACCGGCCUCUACUGGAAGCUGCUUCCGGAGCAGGCCGCGCCCCUGGGCGCGGGGGGCUGCGGCCGUCGCUGGCGGGGCGACCGGGUGACGGUGCUGCUGGCCGCCAACCUGACCGGCAGCCACAAGCUGAAACCGCUGGUCAUCGGGCAGCUACCGGACCCACCCAGCCUGCGCCACCACAACCAGGACAAGUUCCCCGCCUCCUACCGCUACAGCCCCGACGCCUGGCUCAGCCGCCCGCUGCUGCGCGGCUGGUUCUUCGAGGAGUUCGUCCCGGGCGUCAGGCGCUACCUGCGCCGCAGCUGCCUGCAGCAGAAGGCUGUGCUGCUCGUGGCCCACCCGCCCUGCCCCAGCCCUGCGGCCAGGAUGCCCACCCUGGGGGAGAGCGAGGAGACCCCCAGGAGGUGCCGGCCUGAGCCCCUGGGCCCUCCGGAGGAGCUGCAGACCCCCGACGGGGCGGUGCGGGUGCUGUUCCUGUCCAAGGGCAGCAGCCGGGCGCACAUCCCGGCCCCACUGGAGCAGGGAGUGGUGGCCGCCUUCAAGCAGCUGUACAAGCGGGAGCUGCUGCGGCUGGCCGUGUCCUGCGCCGGGGGGUCCCCGCUGGACUUCAUGCGCAGCUUCAUGCUCAAGGACAUGCUCUACCUGGCCGGCCUCUCCUGGGACCUGGUGCAGGCAGGCAGCAUCGAGCGCUGCUGGCUGCUGGGCUUGCGGGCUGCCUUUGAGCCCCGGCCGGCGGAGGAGUGCGCUGGGCAGCCAGCUGGCCAGGCCGAGGAGGCCGCGGAGCGCAGCAGGGUGCUUAGCGAUCUCACGCACCUGGCAGCCCUGGCCUACAAGCGGCUGGCGCCCGAGGAGGUGGCCGAGUGGCUGCACCUGGACGAUGACGGGGGGCUGCCCGACGGCUGCAGAGAGGACCCAGGCCCCAGCCGGCCUCCCGUGCUGGUCCCUGGGGCCCCUCCACCCCCAGCCUGCCUGCCCUCUGUCGCGGCGGGAGGAGAGGAGGAGGAGGAGGCCGCCGUGCCCUCCGCUGGGGAGGCCGUGCGGGGCCUGGAGACAGCUCUGCGAUGGCUGGAGAGCCGGGACCCCCGGGAGGUAGGGCCGCUGAAGCUGGUGCAGCUUCGCUCACUGAUCAGCAUGGCCCGGAGGCUGGGGGGCAUCGGGCCCUCUCCUGCCGUCCCUGAUGAUGGGGUGUGACCAGGCCAGCCCGAGCAGCCCCCAGUGGCCUUUCUCCUGCAGCACUUGGAGGGCAUACACACAGCCUCCCCAUCUCUCCUCCCCUCCCCUGGGGUGGCCUCACCCCCGGCUCGGGGUUGCAGGGAUCCCAGCCCAGCCUGGCUCAGAGGAGCUCUGUUGGUGAAGGGCCGUCCCCUCCACUGGUGCCCGCGUUUCAUGCGGGGACAGAACAGAGGCCGCGGGCGCCUGCUCCCUCUUCCUGGGCAGGCGCGCACGUGGGGUCUGCGGUCUUCGCCAGGUGCCCUCCCAUGCAGGCCUGGCACACACACCACAGCACGUAUCAGAGAGCAGGUGGCUGUGCUCCCACCCUGGCCCCUGUGGGGCUGAGGCCUCCAGCCAUGUUCCUGUCCACACCGCCCAGCACUUGUACCGGACGAGGGCCCGGCGCUCCAAUCCCUCCCGACCACAGCCACGCUGUUGGUCGUCUCAGUGGGAAGCACACCACUCGUUUUGUUUUUAGUGCAUUAAAUCUGUUUUCAACAGAUACUCUUCAGGGACCCGGGGUGGAGGGCUCCGUGGGCUGGGAAGGGAGGAUGGUGCCCGGCACUCAGGGGCCUCCCAAGGUUCUGGAUGCCGCGAGGGCUGUAGGUUUGUGUUCCACUCGGACUUUUAACUUUCCUUAAGAAAACACUCCGAACAGCUCUCUUGUUCUGUGGGGUUGGCGAGCACUAGACCUGGGCCCUGGUGACAGACCAAUGGCCGGGCCAGCGCCCUGUGCCCCGGCCAGCCACAGUCCACUUUGUCCAGCCCCAGGGCCCAGAGCCAUGCCGUUUCCCCGGAGCAGCCCUGUGGCACUGACGGCCAUGCCAGGACGACCCUCAGUGCCUUAGCUCCCCUCCAAGGCUCCCCUGCCCAGCCUGCCCUCAGGCUUUUCCCCUGCUCCUGGCACUGCCCAGGGCGUGGCUGAGGAGCUGCUUCCCAUGGCCCCAUCAAUUAGGCUCCUAGAUGGCACAUUUUGUAAGGAGAAGGUAAGGGCUCUGUAACCGUCCAGCUCUAGAUUCAGGAUCCUGCUGGUGGCCUGAGGCCGAGAGAUACCUACCCAGGCCUCCCAGAGGCUGCCCUGCAGAGAUACCCAGAGCCCUUGUGAGGGGCAGUGGGGCCGGAUCUGAGGUGCUGCCUUUCUCAGCGCUCUGCCCUCAUCCUCACCUGCCCCAUCCUCCUGGUGGUCUGAGACUGCAGAGGCCACAGACAGGUGCUAUGUUUGCGGGACGGGAGGGCUGUGCACGGCGGUAGGACGGCUGGGCGCCCCCAGAGCAAGGACAUAAACUGUUCCUUGGAACCACCCCCAGUCAAAAAAAAGAACAAAAAAACCCUCAAAACAACAUAUGUAUGUGUAUGUCAAAUCUGAAAGCUGAGGGACAGUAUGUAGGAUUUGGGAACAAGAGAAGGGAGGCUUGGCUAGCCAGGCCCGGGCAGCAGCCUCCAGCCGCACCUGCUGGGGCCUACCUGGCACCCCCACUUCCAUCUGUGUCAAGCCUGCACACCUGCAGGAGCCUCUGGCGGUCUACGCUGGCCCUGGGUCUAACCAAGCAGCUGCACGGGGCUUCAGGCUGUCUUGCAUGUUACACCACCUGCCUCUCCAGCUGGUGGCGACCCAGGGACCCAGGCCGGGAGCUUCUGGUCACGAAGCUGCCUGCCCGGCCUGCCUAUAGGGGCUUGUGGAGAGACAGACCUCAGAGCCCAGGUGGGCACUGGGCGAGGGUGGCCUCUGGUAGCAUCAUCAGCGCUGCCCCUUUUGCCAAGUUUCCUGUCUCAGCCUUUAAUCCUCUUGUACCCCGGAGCCUGGGCAGGGGGACUGCAGUUGGUAUUGAGAACCGGCUAUCAGGACAGGACCUCCCACUUCCUCUCAUGUGGCGCCAGCCUCGUCCCCUCUGGGGAAUCAAGGCUGCACCCCAGGAGGUGGCUCUGGCCGGUCCCCACGGCCCUGGAUGGGCAGCACGGGAACGAGGCAUAGCGCAUGCUGGCCUGGGGCCUUGAAGAGUUAGGGGGCCCGUCAAGGGUGGGUCUGGGAGCCGCUUCGCUUUGCUGGGCUGGGGACUACCUCACCCAAGGGCCUCCGAAAUUGUCCUCUCUAGAAUGGGGGCACUGGUGCCACCAGGCCCUGCACAUGAAGAGGGCGGCUCUGGCCCCAAAUGCAGCCCCAGCAAUGAUCCUUGUGACCCCGGGCCCCAUCGCAGCUCUGGCACGAGGUCACCCACCUCCCUGGGCUCACCUCAGUGUGAACCACAGGGCAGAGGCUUCCUGGGGGAGACUCCAGUUUGUCUCUGCAGGAGAAUGGGUGAAGUGGCCUCACUGCCGCUGGGCCCGGGGCAUCUAAGCAGCUCCCUGGUUUGUGCUAAGGAGAGUAAGGCUGUUGAUGGCACCGAGGGAGGGGUCUUAGUUGCUGCUUGAAUUCCUUCAGCAGCCACACCUGCAGAGCGCUGGGCACCACGCUGGAGACUGGGUUUCUUGCCCUCAAGGAUUACACGUCUCUUGUGAGGGUGUGGGACGCCUGUGGCCUGGGAAGUGCUCAGGGACACAGCCACCACGCUCUCCCCAUCCUGUUCACAGCCCUCUGACAAAUCCCCAAGGCGGUAAAGGUCACUGAUUCCACUGAUCCCUGGUCAGUCACUGUCAGGGCUGGCCCCAUGGGCUUGGUGGUAGGCACAGCAGGAAAGCACCGCAGGUGGAAAGGUGAGCUUGUGGCUUCUGCUGAAACCAGCCCACCUUGGGGGGUUGGGAGGGCAAGACCAGGCUGCAGCAUCAGAGGGAACCCGUGUGAGGCCAAACUUGCCCGAGGGGCCUCACGCUUGGGAAUGAGCCCCCAGGUGACAGCUGGACCGAAGAUGGAGCACUGGAGCGUGGGGUGAGAGGAAGGGGGCGCCCUCCAGCAGGGGCUCGGGCCUCCUGGGACCCCCAGCCUGCUGGCCCAAGAGCUGGUCAGGAUCACCAGGGGAGCCCCGGGGGCAAGGGUGCUGAAGUGGGCUGUGGGUGCUUGUCCUGUCGAGGGACCCUUUCACAGCCAACCUCACUGACAGCAGAGGUCACCGGCCAGAUGGGCCCAGUGCGCUUUAUAAUAAAGGCUGGAUAUGCCAACGUCA